GCAGAGUGGUGAUGCAUGCUGCUUUGUUUUGGUCCGUUCUGCCUCGGAGACUUUUGGACCAGGAUUGAACGUACAACUCCUUUGCAUUGAGUGAAUCCUGUCUUGUUCUUGGAGGUUGCCCACACCAUGCAAAAAAAUGACCUGUUUGGGGAUGACAUGGAGCAGGACAGCGUGCCCUACGGUGUGACAGGUACCCCCGAAACGGGGCCUUUUGCCUGCAUGGAGCCCUUCCUGGUGCGGCGGCUGUCUCAUCGCACGGUGCAGCUUCCCCCUCUGGCUUUCAGACAGGCCGAACAGGCGUACUACGAACGCAAAGCCGAGGCCGACACGGUGACCGUCCUGUCCCGGCCCAAUACUUUGCCACUUCACACUCCACCCCUCAUUGCCAUCACCUCGGCUGACACGAGCAGGUAGGAUGACAUGGAGGCUGAAUACUGUCAAUCAUCAUCAUCA